AUGACUUCACCUGAUUUUCCCACUAGAGGAGCAAUGUUCCAUCUCUUGGCCGGGAUCAUCAUGCUGGUGCUUAUCAUUGUGGUGUAUGUGGUGUUGUUCGCCUUACACUUCAUCAUUGCCAACCACACUGGGCCGGGUAUAGCGUGGCAUGUGGGUGACACCAAGUACAUGCAGACCAUCAUUGGUACUCCCGAGUACGAGGAGAUGGAUCCUGCCUUUGUACAUCAACAGCCUUCAGUGCUCGACAAAGUCUGGUACAUACACAAGGUGAUGUUCGACGCCAACAGAGGGAUCACUGUGGAUCACCCGUGGUCGUCCAAGUGGUACUCGUGGCCGUUUGAUGUCAAGGGUCUCAUGUUCUGGGUGCAGAACAACCACAUGGUGUAUCAACUCGGCAACCCGUUCGUAUGGUGGGGCAGUACGCUCAUGAUACUUUUGUCCAUUCUGUACUCGAUCCACAACACCCCAUUCUACACGGAUCCUCCUCAAGUUUUGACUUCGAGGAAAAAGAUGAAUCAGUAUCAAGCGCGACUUCCCUAUAUUGAGCGUGCCAAGUAUGAGGUUGCCUGGUUGUUGUUCGGCUAUUUCUGCAACCUACUUCCGUAUGUUGGGGUCACUCGUGCGUGUUGGUUGUAUCACUACGUACCGGCACUUUUCUUUGGCGAAUUGGCCGGCUGCCUAUGGCUGGAUCAGUUACUGCGACGCUCAGGGAAUGUGCGUCGCUUCACGACUAUUAGCGUAUCGGUUGUGCUGUGUGUUUACGGAUGGUGGAGGUUCCGUGCUUUCACCUAUGCCAUGCACUACACUGAUGACGAGCUUGAUGAGAUGCGUUGGUUGAGCACAUGGAAUUAG